GGUGAUUAGGACUGGAUUAACAAGCUGCUGUCCUUACAUGAAGGAGUGAUUGUGCUGAUGACGCUGAGAAUGUUCUGCUGCGGCCGGAGAGGCAGACUCCUGUUCUGAUCAAGGUGACAUCAGCCAGUCAGAGUACGUAGAGGCUCUGCGCUCCGACUAACGAGACGCCUGUUCCUUCGUUGCCCCCCCCCGAGGAGCUCUAGGCUCAGCCGCACAGUGCCCCGGUUCACACACGGCAGAUGGUUGCGUUGAACACAGUCGGGCUUGAAGAGUCUCAUCUUUCUCACUGAAAACCAAGAGAGGUGGCAGCUCACUUUAGUACAUGCAGACUGAACGAGAUGUACUUCCAAACUCUUCUUAUUUUCUCAGCAGCUGUGUGCAUCUGUGCACAAAGAAGUUAUGAACUUUGUCACACCUAUGGAUGCUUUGAAUCAAGCGAUACUCAACUCACUGUGACACUGGACGGCGACGAGGUCUACUAUGCAGACUUUAAAAAGGGGGUUCUAGUUUGGGAAAGCAGACUGGCCACAAUGCUGCAUAUUUCUUGGGCUUAUCAAGAUGCAGUAUAUUACAGAUCUAUAUGCAAAAGUAACUUACUGAGAUGGAAACCAGACAAGUCAGCGAAAGAGAGGCCUAAAGAGGCACCAGAAAUCAUGAUCUACCCCAGAGAUGAUGUAGUAACAGAGGAAGAGAACACUCUCAUCUGCUUCAUCAACCAUUUCUACCCACCUACCAUCAACAUUAAGUGGACCAAGAAUGACGAAGAAAUAAUGGUGGAAGAUGCUUUCUAUAAGUGCACACCCAAUUCUGAUGGGACGUUUUAUGUUUUCUCCACCCUGAGCUUUGUCCCGAAGCAAGGAGACAUCUACAGCUGCACUGUGGAACACGAGUCACUGAAGGGGCCUCAGACCAAGUUUUGGGAUGUUGAAACGGAUGAGAUUAGUAACGCUCCAGAUGUCUUUUGUGGACUUGGCCUGAGUCUUGGACUUCUUGGAGUUCCUGCAGGAAUUUUCUUUUUCGUGAAAGGAAGCCAAUACCAGAAUAUCUGGGAGGCCUAGCAGUCCGCAUGUAAACCAUAUCCAGCCUGGAGAUCACAUCAACCCUGGUUCACUGUCUCAACUGUCUGCUAUCAAGCAAAAAUUCCCCAAAUACCUUUAUAAAAACAAACAUGUAACAUGUAUGAAUGAAGCUGAAUAACUUGCAUAUUAUAUAAAUUCACUGAAUGUUGUUUCCCUACUGUAUGACACAUUGUAAUCAAGGGUUGUCUUUUUCCAUUUUGA